AUGGUAUUAAUUCAGUUAUCAUCUCUAGUCUCAGAAGUGUCGCAUGGACAGGCUUUCUUAGGUCUGUGUAGUUUACUUAUUUCCCUGAUUGUUAUUUUGCUGAUCCGACAGCUUGUGAAGCAGAGGAGACCCCGAGGAUUCCCUCCUGGACCGUCACCUAUACCUGUCAUAGGGAACAUUAUGUCUCUAGCAACAGAACCGCACGUCUUUAUGAAGAAACAGAGUGAAAUCCAUGGGCAGGUACGGUACUUAAAUUAUUGUGGAAAUAUAUGGCAUAUUAUGGUUCUGAAUGGAUAUGAUGCCAUCAGAGAAUGCCUGUACCACCAGGGUGAUGUCUUUUCUGACCGGCCAUCGCUGCCUUUAUUUAUGAAAAUGACCAAAAUGGGAGGACUUCUGAAUGCUAAAUUUGGCAACGGAUGGAUUGAACAUCGUCAACUGGCCAGCAACUCCUUUCGUUACUUUGGCAGGUUUCAAAAGCCCCUCGACCAGAAGAUCUUGGAAGAGUGCAUGUUUUUCGUGGAUGCCAUUGACGAACACAAAGGGAAACCCUUUAACCCAAAGCACCUGGUGACCAAUGCUGUGUCCAACAUCACCAACCUCAUCAUCUUCGGCGAGCGUUUCACAUACGACAACUGUGACUUCCAGCACAUGAUCGAGAUCUUCAGUGAGAAUGUGGAGCUGGCCGUCAGUGGCUGGGCCUUCCUUUACAACGCCUUCCCAUGGAUCGAGUACCUCCCCUUCGGAAAGCACCAGAAGCUGUUCCGCAACGCAGCCAAGGUCUAUAACUUCCUGGAGCAGAUCAUCAGGCGCUUCUCGGAGGGCAGAGUGUGCAACUUCCCGCGCCACUACAUCGAUGACUACCUGAACAAGUUGGACAAGAGUGCUGGCGACUUGGGCACCCCGUAUUCCAGGGAGAACCUAAUCUACUCUGUGGGCGAGCUCAUCAUCGCAGGCACGGAGACCACCACCAACACCCUACGCUGGGCUAUGCUCUACAUGGCCCUCUACCCCAACAUUCAAGAGAAGGUGCAUAAGGAGAUGGACAGUGUGCUGGGAAGUGAGAAGUCCCCCUCGCUGGCAGACAAAAAGAGGAUGCCCUAUGUGGAAGCGGUGCUACAUGAGGUCCUGCGCUUCUGUAACAUUGUGCCCCUGGGCAUCUUCCGCGCCACCACUCAGGACACACUGGUGAGCGGCUACAACAUCCCCAAAGGCACCAUGGUCAUCACCAACCUGUACUCUGUGCACUUUGAUGAGAAGUACUGGUGCGACCCUGGAACCUUCUCACCACAUCGCUUCCUGGACAGCAAUGGAAACUUUGUCCGACGGGAAGCAUUCUUACCCUUCUCUCUGGGGAAGCGUCACUGUUUGGGCGAGCAUCUGGCCAGGAUGGAGAUGUUCCUGUUCUUCACCACCAUGCUGCAGCGCUUCCACCUGCAGUUCCCCCCCGGCACAGUGCCAAGCCUCACCCCCAAACUGGGCAUGACCCUGCAGCCGCUGCCUUACUCCAUCUGCGCCGUCCGCAGGCAGCAGUGA